UUCUUGAUUUUGUAUUAAAGGAAUUGUGUACCAUAAUUAUUAUUUUUUUUAAACCGUAAAUUUUAAAAUGCUUUGUUUGUUUCAUUAUACUAAAUGAGUGUAACAAGAUUGUUUUAAAUAAAAGGAUCUAAAAAUGAUUCAAGAAAACGUUCGUCAGGAUUUACUUGCUUUUGUGCCAUCCUCAAUUUUAGGAGAAGUAAAAUGUUUUGUUUUCUAUGAUAACCAUCCAAGAGCCGAUAGACAAAUUGAUGUUUUAGUUUGUACACAACGGAAAGAAGUGAUAGAGUUUUAUAAAAGAGAACAAAUUUCAUCAUUACUGUUAAAUACUUCACAGAAUUUUCGUGAAGUUCGAUGUUUUAGAAAUGUGAAUUGCGAACUUUUUUAUUUUGUUGCUACGGACGAUGAACUUUUUAUAGUAUCGAGCAAAAAUAGUUUAGAUCUUGUACACAGAUUAACAGAUGUUGAUAGUUUUGAAGUGUUUGAUAUUGGAUGCAGUGGCAAAGCUUGUUUAAAAGUGAUUUCAAAGGAUGACGCCGUGCCCUUGCUUUUUGAUGAAAACUUCAAAAUUAUUAGUGAAAGAAAUAUUGAAUUUGAUGCUGUAAAUUCAGAUGAGUCAGCUCCAAUCAUAAUGCAGCUGACUAGAAAACUAAAAGAAGUAGAAUACAAUAUUAAAUGCAAUGAAAACAAAUACAAUGAAUACUUAAAUUUACGAAAAAUGGCCACAUUCCAUUUAUACCAGAAGAUUUCUCCUAACCUAAAUGAAUCUCUAUUCAAUUUAAAUUCCAAAGAAAUAGUUUCUUCUAUGAACUUAAAAACAUGGAGCCCAUGGAUUAAAUUGUGUAAUAAAAAGGUUGUUGUUGCUUUUAACUUGUUAAAUAAUAAUAAUGUAUUGCUCGAAGAUGUGUAUGUUCUGUUAAACAGUACUACAAAAAGGUCCUUAGUCUAUAUAACUAAACUUUUUCAUCAAACACAAGAUAAUUGGUUGGAAAUUGAACAACAUAUAAAACCUAAUACUACAGUGACAGUUGCAACAUGUAUUGAUCUAAAAGAAUUACAACAUGAUGCGACCAGUGGUUUAAAGUUUGAUAUGGUUUUAAGUUUUAAAAAAUCUGGAGAAAAUUAUCUACUGCCAUUUGAAAAAGUUUCUAUCUCGGCAUCGGAUGUUAUGGGAGAAAAUUUUGAUGUUCUUGCAAGUAAUAAGGAUGAACAACAAACCUUUUUAUCUAUAUGUGCAACAUCAGAAACAAUGACAUUAGUACUACGUCAUAUUAAAGAUGAAAGAGAGGAAACACUGGUUGAUAUAUUCAGCAAAUAUUUGAAAAUGGAACAAUUUAAAACAAGAAAAAAUGUUUUUAUACAUAAAUCAUCACCUUAUCAUGCACUUUAUGGCAUAAUGGUGAUAUGUCAAAAUGGUGAUGUAAAAUACAGUGAUAAGUUUACAAUAGAAGUACAUUCAAGAUGUCAGUCGCAAAUAGUGUCUUUAAUUCAUUACAUCAACGAUGUUGUACCAUUUAGAAUUAUAGUUACAACGCCAAAUUACAAAAUCACAUCUGAUACAACGGAAUUAACCAAUUAUAAUGAGGAAAUAGUUGACAAUGAACAAAACAUAAAUUAUAUGCAAUUAGCUUCGUCUGCUUUGAACCAAACGUCAAUGUUAUUAGAAUAUCUUGAUUUGUGUAUGAUUCAAAUGAAUAUGAGUAAAGAUUAUACGAUAUUAAAUAAAGUUGGCAGUGAAAUUGAUUUAUUUGCCUGCGGAUUGGACAAAUUUAUAGAAUUCAGAAACAGAUUAUUAAAAGAAGUGUACACUGGUAUACAAAAGUGUGGAAAUAAUAAUGAUUUAUUACUUUUAAGGCAAAAUUCAGUUGAAAUUAUAGAUGAUGAGAUGUAGUUUUUCUAAGUGAAAUAAAUAUUUUUAAGUAUGUU